CACACAGAUUUAUUUAACAUAUUCGCGCGAGUGGUAAGUAUAAUAGAAUGCGCGCUGGAACAACGAUUCUCUACUUAAUGUGGUUCGCGAUCACAACGAGAAUAAAAAAUGUCAAUUGCGUUGCAAAGACAAAAAUUAUCGGAGGACGACCCGUUCACAUAAGCCAGCGUCCAUUCAUGCUGUCUUUGCAUAAUUCUCAAGGAUUCGUGUGCGGUGCCAGUAUACUGUCUCGAAAAUGGGCCAUCACUGCUCUUCACUGUCUGGUUUCAGAUGACAUAGCAGAUUAUUACGUACGCGCCGGGUCAAAUACGCCUUAUGGAGGAUCGUUGCACAGAAUUACUAACUUGUACGCGUACAACGACACGACGUUUCUGUAUUGGUUUUCCAGCAUGUUCUAUCACGACAUCGCGUUAUUCCAAGUAUGGCCACCUUUUCGAUUUUCGAAUUCAGUUAGGGUUGUUCGGCUGCCCGACGAGUUCAGCCAGCCGCCUCGUAAACUGUACGUCUGUGGCUGGGGUUACAUUGAUUUUCGAAGCGACACAAGCAUAAGCAAUGCCCUGAUGGGUGUCUACGUUCGUCGAACGCCGUACGAAAUUUGCGUCGACGAAUCUCCGGAGUACAAUACUCUCGUGAAAGAAGAACAGCAUCUCUGUUACGGAAGUUACGGAAAGGACUCGUGUUACGGGGACUCGGGAGGCCCGUUGGCAAGUAAAAACACUAUUUAUGGAAUCGUAUCCUUUGGCCAAAAGUGUGGCGUGGUGUCAGGGGUUUACACGAAAGUCUCGUACUAUCGUGGCUGGAUCAGGAAAGUCACAAAUCUAUAAUCGAAAGCAGCAAAAAUGAA